AAAGUGUUUUACAAUUUUUGUUUUUAAAUUUAGUAUUUUUAAUACUUUUUGCUAGUAAUUGUUUCAAUUUAAAGAAACGUUUUAAUUUUAAAUUUUAUUUAUGGAAAUCUGCACAAAGAUCUAUGUCGGAGAAGUUAUUUGUGGAUAAUGUGGAAAAUUUGGAGGCUUGUGUGAAGCUAGCUAUAAAAUAUAAAGGUUUAGCUUUGAAUUUUUCACCCGAUAUUAGAUUUUCAAGAAAAUAUGCGGAUUCCAAAACAUUUCUCGAUCACUAUUGGAAUCAGCCACAUCUAUACUUUAAUUGUCAUAUACUACGAUGUCCAGAAAAUUUAACAUUUAAAACAAUGGUAAACGAUACAUCAUUUGAUUAUUAUGCUCUCUAUGAAAAAGCUAUGGAUUCUAGGGAUUACAUUUGCCUACCUGAAAUUGGUUUAUUUGAGCUACACACCAAUCCAGAUACUUAUCUAAAUGCGAGAGCAAAUUGUCGCCAUUCUCGCAAUCAUUGUGGCACCUUAGCUCAUGUGGCAUCACAAAAACGAACCGAAGCUUUGACACAUGUAAUUGUCAAUUAUAAUAAUGAGAAAGCGCUAAAUGUUAAACCAAUAAUAUAUUUGGCCUAUAUUGGUUUAUACUACAAUCAGUCGUGGUCUAAUAAUUUUGAAUUUUUCAAUAGUGAAUGGGAAAAUUUAGAAUGUUUUGCUUAUCGUGCCUGGGAGCCGGGAAAUCCAAAGAGAAGUUUACCGUAUACAAAUACCAGCUGUGUGGCCUUAACUGUUAAUCGUACCUGGAGGACAGUAAAAUGCGAUAUAAAAUUACCCUAUAUUUGUGAAAUAAUGACUUCAUGUCAAAAAAAGUAAAUUUUUAAAAAUAUAUAUCUUG